AUGGAAGCUGAAGCUGGUCGACAGUCUCAUCAUCAGGGGCUCCAGCUUACCCUGCCAUCCCCGGGAAUCCCCGGUCUGGACGUCGUGAGAGCCUUGCACCAGACUGUGAUAUCGCUACGAACCGCGCUGGACUCAUCGCGCGAAGAGCUGCGGCGUCUUAAAGAGAGCGUCGGUGAUUUUUCUGGCGAGAGCUACGCUGACGUCGUCGAAAGGCUCGCUCUCGAGAAUCACGUCCUCAGGCGAAAGAUCCUGAGCAGGAACAGUGAGUUUUCUAGUGAUGCUGCGACUAGCCCGCCGCCCCAGGCGCGUCUUUUACCACUCGCAGUAGAGGACAUCAAAGAUCUGUCAGAGGAAACGGGCGUGCUCAUGGACGCGUCGAGGGACAAAGUCGUCACGGACGAGGUGUCGGAAUCAUCCGAACCGAUCGUCCACAGCGGCGUGGAUAACACCACCGUCGAGAUCCCCGAUUCCCAGCCACCAGCUACCGAUAAAUCAUCAGAGGAUCCAUCAGAAUCAUCCUCCGAUCAUCCAAACUUCGCGAUGUCUAAGGACACCAACGUUCAGACUCGAAUAUCCGAGGUGGUCGGUUUGGAGGACAGAACCGGUACGAACGAGGCGUUCUCUGUCUCGAUCGAUAGAUCGUCCAUGGACACCGUGGAGGAGGAGACAAUCGAGGUACUAGGCGACCGUUUGGAAGUGCCUGACAAGGACUUGGAGGAUUUAAGCUUGAAAUCGGUCUCGGACGGCGAUAAUUCGGUGUUCAGCGAUAAUAAUCCCGACGCCCAGAUGGUACAGCGACAUCAACGACAGAAUCAGUCGGUUGAACAGCCGAAGACCAACGAUCAAUCCGAGAACGAGUCCGAGGAGCUCGACGACAUCGAGCUGAUAUUCACCACAGACGAGACCUGCCGUGAUCUUGGCCUCCAAGAGGAUCUUGUGUCGAUCACCGAGACCGAGUCUUGGCCCCAGCCCGCCGUCACCGGGCAACCGGUUCUACUGAAGUACACCAAGUCCACGGAGGGCGAGUCGUUGGUCUGCAACGGCGAGAAGAACAGCUCCGUCGACGAGGCUGUCUCGUCGCAAAGCUCGAGCAUCGAUCGCGAGGAGAGCGUCGACCGGUUCGACGAGAGCUCCAGUACUAGAUUGAACAAAAUGUGGUCCCAGUGCUCGGUCCUGGUCGAGACCGAUAUCAGCAAGUGCGGCGUCGUCGAGGAAUCUGAACACCCUACCAGACACGCGGUCAGGAGGAACACUCUCGCUGCGCCGCCAACCGCUUACAGGCCGAUCAUCCAUCGCGAAGCACUGGCGGGAAAUCGUCGAAAGAGCACGGCGCCAUUGAGGCCUGUGAUGGACAGAAUCAGUGGCGCAAGACGGGAAUCAGGUGCCCAAACGGACAUCUCCGCGCUUCCGGCCCAUUGGCGUUCGGAGAGCUACCUAGCGCACAAGGUGGCCCACACGUUCACCACGCUGCCAAGUAAAUUCGCUCUGCCGGUUGGUGUGCCCGGAAGACUACGGCUCUCGGACAAGACGCGAGAGGCCAGACGUGUGAUGCUCUCGGACAUCAGUUUCACCAGCAUGGUGCCGGAGCUGUCCAGGAGCGCCGAUCACCUAUGCCACGAUCCACACGCACAGACCUGCUUCAACUCGCGAGGAUGCGGUCUCCGCACGCCGGACGUGCACCGUCGCGAGUCUUUGGGCUCGUCGGCUGGUUUCUGGCCCCGAUGCAAUCCCAGCACAGGCCUUCCGAGUCCCUGCGAAUGCCGUCUGUCCACUGAUCUCUAUUCGUCGAGGUAUCGCGGUUCCCUGAGUUCAAUUCCAUCACCUGGAUUGGAAGUCGUCGGCGGUCCAUCGAGAAGGCAUUCAUGGAGGGCGACAGCCGCGUCGUUCGACACGUGGAGGGUACCGGUGGCGACUUCGACACCGAGACCGACCUGGUCCUCCAUGCCCUCAUCGCCUACCCAUGUACACCCACCGACGACGUCCACGAAAACUUCCAAGAACGUCCCGAAACGAACGCGGUCGAAAGUCACCUUUCAAGAGUGUCCAAUGACCCGAGGAAGUUUGCCGAAUUUGCGCUCCGAUAUGGUCGGCGGUGAUAACAGCGGGGAUUCGACCGAGUCGUUGAUCGACGAGGCCGAGGAUUAUUUGCGACGUAGCAUCGACUCGAUGCUGACAGAUUCCAGUAGCGGCGUAAAUUCGGAUUACUGGAACAAGCAAACGGCUAGACGAAGACGAGCGCGUCGCUACUCUGAGCCCGAUCUCUUCCGUGAAUGGCACCCGCCGCAGGAUGCCAGACCGUACCUGCCAAAGAUACCACGGGAUCUUAAGCUGGAUCAUCUCGUGAAGGUUAUAUCGCCGGAGGGAAGAGUUCUUCAAGGACGAGUCAGGUACGUGGGACCAGUACCAGGUCGCGAGGAAGCGCAUGUCGGCGUCGAGUUACCUUACCUGAAUGGCUCCUCCGAUGGUACUUUUCGCGGCAGGAGAUUUUUCGACUGCGAUCCAGAUCGAGCGAUCUUCGUACCGUUCAAGAAGGUGAUCCUAGCCUGGUGCACCACCUGACCCGAACCGUCCAACACCCUGAUGACUCCACAAAUCCUGCUCUCUCAGUAUCCCAUGUGAACCACCACAUCUGGGUGCAGUAACACAGACACACUUGAUCUCUGAAGAUCUCCAUGGGUAUGUGAUAAUUUACGAUCCUUUUACGACCGUCAAAUAUUGCUCGACACGGACAAAUAUGAGUUCUCUCGUGCGGAGAAAAGAGACCAUUCCGACAAUCCAUCGCGGAAGAGAGAGUCCAUUGUGGAUACUCGACUUCUCAGAGUCAGCUACCUUGCUACUCAGGAGUCAACACAAACGUCUUCACCAGCUCGAACCGUACAACGUAAUUUCAGAGUGUAUUACUCGGUGUUUUUCCUGAACACGUCGGGACAACAUGUGAUCAAUAUUUUACAUUAAGUUCUUCAAGAUCGCACUGUGUU